AUGGUUUCCGCAACAACAGACGAGCGGCUCGCGUCGGCGGCGGACGCGAAGCUGACGGUGACAGACGGCAAGGCGCCCCUCUCAAAGGAUGAGCAGCUCGCCCUCAUACGCGUUAACCUCGCCGAGUUCAUGAACCCCGAGAUUAUCGAAAAGGUGAUUGACGAGGGCCGCCAUCCGAGGAUCUACUGGGGAACGGCCACAACCGGCCGGCCACACUGCGGUUACUUGGUCCCGGGGCUGAAGAUUGGCCAGCUGCUGGCCGCCGGCUGCCACGUCGUCAUUCUCCUCGCCGACAUCCACGCCUUCCUCGACAACCUGAAGAGCUCCGUCGAGCUCGUCGAGUACCGCGCCAAGUACUACCGGUGGGCCAUCACAAAUAUGUUGGAGGCUCUAGGCGUCCCGACAGAAAAGCUCGAGUUUGUCUUGGGUAGCUCGUACCAAAAGAGCCCAGCUUAUAUAAUGGAUGUCUACAAGCUCGCCUCGGUGGUGUCAGAGCACGACGCCAAGAAGGCAGGCGCCGAGAUCGUAAAGCAAUCCGACAACGCCCCCCUCUCAGGCCUCCUCUACCCCAUCCUCCAGGUUCUCGACGAGGAAUACCUAAAGGUUGAUGCCCAAUUUGGCGGCUUGGACCAGCGGAAGCUCUUCACAGCGGCCAAGGAGUGGCUUCCCAAGUUGGGAUACAAAGAGCGUGCACACAUCAUGAACCCCAUGGUUCCCGGACUCCAGGGCUCAAAGAUGUCGUCUAGCGACCCUGACAGCAAAAUCGACCUUCUGGACCCACCAGAGGUAGUGACGCGCAAGAUUAAGAAGGCCGAGGCUGCCCCCAAGGUUAGCGAGGGCAAUGGACUUAUUGCAUUUACCGAGUUUGUUCUUCUCCCCGCAGCGAGCCUGCGCGGGGGCGAUUUCCGCGUAAACCGGGAUCGGGACGGCUUGGAGCCGCUGAUCUACACCGACAUUGCGCAGCUGCGUGCCGACUACGAGAACGAUGUCUUGACGCCGCAAUUACUCAAGCCUGCGAUCUCGACGGCCCUGAACGCCAUUCUGGCUCCCAUUCAGGCCGCCUACCAGGCGUCAAGCGAGUGGCAAGAAAUCACGACCAAGGCCUACCCGGCAGAGGACAAGAAGAAGAAGCAGAAGAAGGUCAAGGGCAAGGGCUCCCGCUACCCCGGCGCUGGGAAAGAAGGCGGCCCGGACGGCAAAACAGAUGGCGCCGUAGAUACUCCCCCGCAGUAA